GAACCUCAUUUUGAUAUGUUUUGAACAUUCAAAGUGGCGGACGGGGCGAGAUUUCACUUGACAUGUUAAUCUCUGCAUACUGCUAGUGCUUCACUUGCUACUUCAUAAGGAACUGAGUAGCCAGUUUUCAGUGUACACUGCGCAGUGUGCACUAUGCAGUAGACACCAGCUGUCCAGUCCAAACAUAGCCAACGACUUUUAGUUCGGUAGUGAAAAGUUAAAAGGUGCUCUAGUGCGUCACGCAGGUGCCUCAAAUGUCAAAGACGUUCGAGAAGUUAGUGUACGCGUCACUGUGCGACACAGCAUUAGCAAAAAGAGUAGUUAGCCUUUGUUUACAAGUAUAGGAAAUGUUUAGUAAUAGGGUUGAACACGCAACCUCUAAUCCCCCGGCGCUGAUGACCGUCGCGCGCGCGUCGACCUCUCCUCCACUCCACAAACCUCUUGAGCGGAGCACACGUCCUCCUCUUCAGCCGGGGUCCCCUCUUACUUGUGCCCUGUUUUACGCACAGGGAAGUGACGGCGUAGGUUUUUGACCCCUGGGACGUUUUCUUCCACGAAAGGACAUUUUUUUUUUCGCGUGGAUAUGUGGUGGAUGCUGUUUCCCAGAUGGAUCUGGUUUUUGUGUGGACAGUUCUGCGUCUUGCGUUUGGACUUGCGCGCCAGAGCGAUGCCAAUGACCCUGUCCAAAGUGGUUUAUUCUCACGCGGGAAUGUGUCCCAACGAGAUGAACCCCAACCUGUGGGUGGAUGCCAUGAGCACCUGCACCCGAGAGUGCGAGUCCGACCAGGACUGUGAGCCGUUCGAGAAAUGCUGUCCAAAUGUUUGCGGACACAAGAGCUGUGUGGCUGCCCGCUACAUGGACAUUAAGGGCAGGAAAGGUCCAGUGGGGAUGCCCAAAGGGGUCACCUGUGACAAAUUCAUGUGCACCCAGCAGGGUUCAGAGUGUGAAAUCUGGGAUGGACAGCCGGUAUGCAAGUGCCGGGACCGUUGCGGACGGGAACCCUAUUUCACAUGCGCCUCGGAUGGCAUGACCUACUACAACAAGUGCUACAUGGACGCCGAGGCCUGUAACAGGGGCGUGACCCUCACCGAAGUCACCUGCAGGUACCACUUUAGCUUGUCCAACACCAGUCCUCUUCCAGCGGUGACCACCGCCCGGCCCACCACCACCCAUCUUGAGACCACACCUAUGGACGUUCAACGUCCCAUCAUGGUCAGCAACCCAGCGCACCACUUUGUGUUUGUGGGUGAAACAGCCAGCUUCCUCUGCGAGGUCACAGGAAAACCCAAGCCGGCGAUUACAUGGGAAAAGCAGAUCGAAGGUAAAGAGAACACUGUAAUGCAACCCAACCAUGUGCAAGGAAACAUAGUAGUCACUAACAUCGCCCAGUUGGUCAUAUACAACGCCCAGCUCCAGGAUGCCGGCAUCUACACCUGCACUGCCACAAACCAGGGUGGAUCUGUGCAAGCCCAUUUCCCGCUCUCUGUGGUCCCCAGGGAGCAGAGCAAACCGGAGCCGCUCAUGAAUUCAACGCGCUUACCUGCCGAGGAGUGUCUAAAACCACCCGAUAUGGGCGACUGUGGAGAGGAGAGCAUGAAAUGGUAUUACGAAGCCAAGCGCAACAAUUGCUUUACCUUCACCUAUAGCCAGUGCAAUAAAAACCGAAACCAUUUCGAUACCUAUGAGCUGUGCAUGCUCUCCUGUGGAGCGGAGCUUCCUGCUCCUUGCACCCUGCCUAGCAUACAAGGUCCCUGCAAGGCUUACAAACCACGCUGGGCUUACAGCCAUGUGCUCAAGAAAUGCCAGUCAUUUGUUUAUGGGGGCUGCGGAGGUAACGAGAACAACUUUGAGAGCAAGGAAACCUGUGAGGAGAUGUGCCCCUUCCCUAAGACUAACAAUUGUAAGCCGUGUAAACCCCGGCAGAAGAUGGUCCCGAGCUUCUGCAAGAGCGACUUUGUGGUUUUGGGACGCAUUUCAGAGUUGACUGAGGACCACGACUCCGGCCACGCGCUCAUCACUGUGGAGGAGAUCUUGAAGGACGAGAAGAUGGGGCUGCGGUUCUUCGGACAAGAACCUCUGGAGGUGACGCUGCUCAACAUGGACUGGAACUGUCCCUGUCCGAACAUAACGAGAGCCGAGGGACAGAUGAUCAUCAUGGGGGACGUUCACAACGGCAUGGCCGUGCUGCAGCCUGACAGCUACGUGGCCACUUCCAGCGUACGGCGUGCUCGCAAACUCCGUGAGGUUAUCACCAAAAAGACUUGUGAUGUUUUGAAGGAGUUCAGCAGCACAAAGUCCUAGGGCGCUUAUGUUAUCUGAAUCUCUGGACAUCCUAAACUGGGGGGCAUCAAAUCCUGUUUCUGAAGUGCCACUUUCCUGCAAAGUUAGCUACAGUGAAACUCUGCUGGAAUGUGGACCUCCAAGAGCAGGAUUGGACACCCCGUUCUAAACCAACGUGCCUGCCUCUCACCUGCUUUGCUUCAGGAAGCAGACUCACAAACUUGACUUGUAGAAUCUACAAUUAUAUGUCAUGCUUCCACCGCAGCAUGGAGUUGCUUAUCCAUGGAGAGAUAAAAAUAUGUGGAUUACACUGUGAGAUUGACACAUAGACAUGUA